AUGGCAUCAACUGAACCAAUAGCACUCGAACCAGCACUUGCCGGACAGCAAACCCUUCCACCAAUCCCUCUCAGAACGUUGGUUACCCUCAUCAACUACCAAUGUUCAGUCAAUAGCGAGCGAUAUUCGGCUCGCAGCCUUUAUGAUCGAGAAGCUUUUCGUCGUGCAUCACUGAGGCGCAACACGUUCCAUUACGACUCAUCACUUCAACAAUCUCCCUAUCUUCCAGCCACCUGUAGCGUACACCCCAACCGAAAAGCAGGAGCCGAUGACUUGUCGUCCGCACAACUUGAGCGGAAUGGAGAAAAAUCCCCAAAGACUGUUCUGCUACUUCCUCCACGAUAUACGAGUGUUGGUCCUAGGUGGAUCAACAGGGAAGUUCCAGUUUCCUAG